ACGCUACUCUCAGCAAUAGUCAUUAAAUAAAUACGAAGCAGCAGAGAGUACUUAGCACGGAUAUACAUUUAAAUAUGGGAAGUGUCAUACACCCUACAUCAUGUAGGAAAAGACUAUAGGUUCAGCCGCUAUAUGAAUUUGGAACAACAUUGGUUGUGAAGCUGUUGUCUGGGUUAUGGGAUUGAUCUGGAGUAGUGUCUGUUUCUUAGCAGUGUUGAGUGUAACGGCGAGGACAGGACACAAAGCGAAAACAGUUGCUGCAGACUAUAGGGACGAUGUUUGCCUUACCAGAAUUUCUUCAUUUCAUUAUAUUAAUUGGAUCCUCGCUGGUGUUAUGUUCCUGCCAAUUUGUAGGUCCACUUUUAAACAUCGACUACACCAUGAACGAGAGUACGGGAAACUACACAUACAACCCCGAUGGCCCUUUAGUCAUGUGCAGUUUUUUACCUAUGGAAUACUUAAACUGCAGUGAUCCUAUUGAUCGUAGAGACAUCAGUAACACUUCAGAAAAGGGAGAGCAAGGUUUCGGAUGUUCAAAGUGGGGAGGAGAAAGAUUUGAAGAUGUGGAAAAGACCAAAGUUAUAUGCACAGCACUUCCAGGCAUUGAGUGUUAUGGUAACAGAACAUUUUUUCGAGGUGGCAUACCAUGCAUCAAAUACAAUGGCCACUACUUCGUCACAACACUGAUGUAUUCUGUUUUGCUUGGAUUUCUUGGAAUGGACAGAUUUUGCCUUGGCCAUACAGGGACUGCUGUGGGAAAACUGAUUACUCUUGGUGGGUGUGGCAUCUGGUGGAUUAUUGACAUUAUCCUUCUAGUCACAGGCAUGCUAAAGCCUGCUGACGACAGCAGCUGGGUUCCUUACUUCUGAAACAGCUCACCUUCAACAUAUUAUCAGUGAAAUAUGGAGUUCCUUUACAAUUACAAUAUGUGUUUUAUUCUUCCUAAAAAUAUGCUGUGAGGUAUCAACAUAUACAGCUAAUAAUGAGAAAAAAAGAAGACAGAUCAGGUGAAAGUAUUGUGAUAUUAGUGAACUUAUGUAUGUGAAAAACAAAAAUGUUUUUCAUUUAGAUAUCGGUGUCCUCUAUUUGGAUGAAAGGAAACAUGGACAAUAUUAAAUUUUACAUUUGUGAGGACUUUACAGACUUAUCUGUAUGUGUGUAUUUAAAAAAAAAUGUUUUAACUUUAUAACAUAAUUCUUUACAUUUUCAUCUGUACUUCCUUUUUAGUCAUUUAUUUUCAUUUCAUUUUCAUUUAAAUGUUGUGAAUGGUUUCAAAUUGCUUCAUCAUUAGUACAUUAUCUAGGUGUUUUUCAGUUAAAAUUAUCAAGAUAUCAGCAAUUAUUUUAUUUAUUGUGCAUUCAAGCAAGAAAAAUUUUCAAAGUCACCUUUGAGGGCUAGACAAAGACAGAAUGCAGCAAUGAAUAUAUAUAUAUAAAAGAAAUAGUGCAUUGUAUGUAUUUGCUGAAAUUUGUUUUAUGAGGUUCCAGGACCCCUGGCAGAUACAAGAAUCCAUAGAUGUUAAAAUCCCUUAUUAAAAUGAUGCAGUAUUUGCUUAUUACCUGUGCAUGUCUUCUGUAUAUUUUAAAUCAUGUCUAGAUUACUAACAUUACUGAAUAUAUUGGCAGGAGGCUACACCUAGGUAUUCCUACACAUCACUUCAUUCAAGUAGAUUUAGGGCAAUGCUCAUCAUGCAGCAAAUUCGAGUUUGCUUUAUGGAACUUUCUGGAAUUUUUCCUCCUGUAUAUUUUCAGUAUGUUUAGGUUGGAUUAGAUCCUGCAGGUACAGAGGGCUGACUGCAUAAAAUUGUUUAAAAAAAUGUCAAGAUUGGUUAGGUUUCUUUAUUUCAAUGUUUAUGUUUGUGUUAAAGGAAUGGGUGAUUAAGAGCACAUAUGAAAACAUGAAAAAGUGUUUUGCAUUAUCAAGAAUAGAAAAAAAAGGAGCGUAUAUUACAUUUCAGCUGCAAAACCAGAAUUAAAUGACAUCUUUAUGAAAUUUUCAUGUAUAUCACUUGUAAAAGUAAAAAUAGUUGCUAUGUUAGUUUGUAGGCUGUAUUAAGGGUCGUGAGGUCUAAUUAUUUAAAACAAAGGUUGCCAUUACAUGAAAAUUGUCUGAAAUACUGAUGUUGAAAACACAAGUACCUAAAGAGAACUAAAAUUUUAAGUGCAUGUUUUGUUUAUUUAAUGUGCUUUAUGGCAAAUUCCAUUUGUGUAUUUUGUGUAUUUUAUGUGCUUGAUGGCAAAUUCCAUCAAGUUUUCUUAGAGUGUACAGCAGUUCAUUUCAAUCAAAAUAUGUUUGCAGGAAAUGUGGCCGGAAAUAAAAGUACAACAAAAGAAAGAUUCAAUCUCAAGUCUCUUAAAAAGAAAACAAAAAAAACUCAACUUAAAAAAAAAACUUUUUAGUUCAUUCAGGGAAUGAACAGUUAUCUUGCCACAUGCUUUGUUUAAAAAAAGAGUUUAAUUAAUUAUCGAUUACAAAAUGUGCCAGAAAAAAUUAAUCCUUUAUAAAUUAUUCUUGUCUAUGAGAUUAUCACUGGCAUAUCUUCACAAUGUUCAAUAUUUGGAGCUAUGGGAAGGUAAAUUACAAAAGCAAAUUGCUGAUAAGAAAGAUCUUAAAACUCUGUCAUUCUCAUUUCAUAAUUGAUUUAUCCAUAUGAAACUGACCCCAGUUUGUUGCCUAGAUUUCUUGUUUUCCACUAAAUGAGCUGUCUGUGCAACUAGAUGCAAUAUUAAACUGCACAUUUGUCACUGCAGUCCAUGUUCACUCACUAACAUGAAAGUGUCAUCAGUUGUUGCUGAGUCAGGUGUAUCUAGUUUUAGGGAAGAAAGUAAUAGGUUUAUGUUGUCAUGUAAUUUCAUCACAAAGCUUGUCAAACAACUCAUGUUCGUUAUCUGUGCACGACAGUUGAUAAAUGAAAAUGUGUUUAUAGCUAACGACUUUAAAAAAAACCCACCUCACUUUAGAUGUGAUUUCUUUUAAUUUUUACUCCCUUAGGACUGAGAGAGAAACUUCACAAAUCAACCAACAGCAACAUACCACUUAUUUCAUUUUUGAGCGACACUUAAUUAGUUUAGUAUUGUUGCUCCUCUGAGGAGCAUAGGGCCGCACCAAAACCUCGCCAACGGACCCGGUUUUGGCAGCCCCCUUCAGCCUUGCCCUCUGUUCUUUUCGCGACACUUAAUAGUUUGUACUAAACCUUGGCCUGAGUGUUUCUGUGAACUUCUCUUCCCUUACAUCCCAGUUAAAAAACUCCUCUCCUUGUCCGACUACCAUCUCCUAACUAUUCUUGUCACCAGAACAACCUAGGUAACAUGAUUUUUGCUGUCCACUUGUGCCAUUUGUCCAAAGGGGUUUGUCUCUAUAGCUUGUUCUUUAUGCAGACAGGGAAGAGAUGGGAUACAUGGAGAGUACCAAUAAAGCAGAAGCAACAUCACCAGCAUCUUUCAGGAAGCUGCCAUUUAUGUUCUUGAAUUAUCUUUUAAAAAGCAACUCUGACAGCUUCUAUGCUCUAUGGUGUUGCCUAAUUCCAUUUUAAUAUCCCUAAAUCUGUCCACUGUAUCACCCUCAUCAUUCUUUUUCUUAACUAGUUUCUUAUUCAGUCAAGCUGGAGAAGUUUUCUUUGAAUACUUGAGUCUAGCCUGCAAAUUUGACAGUGCUGAAUAUGCAUCGCCAAUAUCUAGAUCCUGCUGCUGAAGAAUUAUAGUCAACUGGAAACUGCAUAAUGUCCAUAAGCAAUGCAAGAACUUCCAGAAAUCUGUACUGACUGAAGAAAUGAUAGAGUGCCCUUAUCUUACUAUCAGUAUCUUUAUGAGUACUAAAAAAGGUUAAAAUUGAUGACCAGCAGGACUGGACAGCUCUUGCAUCUUCAAAGAAGGAAAUCCAUCUAAUUUCAUGGAAGUUCUUAAUUUCAACAGGGGAUCAUCAAAUACUUUCUGAACUGCUUCUCAUACCCUCUGUUUCCCGACUUAUACCACCAAGGGAAGAUAAGUCGGCUAAUGCUCGUUUGUGUCACACUGUAUGUUCAAAUGCGUACCAGCUAUAGUACUUUUACAAAUGGUUAAGCUCUCAAACUAUGUGGGUGCUGCCUUGAGGAUUACUUCUGCAGGUAAUGAAUGAAUUACAGUGAUGAAUCUACAUUUUGAUUGUGGUGUGAAGAAACUGUUCAAUAUUUCAAAAGCAGAAAAGAAAUUGCAUAAAAUUAAUAAAAAAUAAGCUUGAGAGCACUUCAGAUCUGCAAAAAAUGUGUGAACUGUUAAACUUGUCAGUGAAAACUGGUGGCAAAAAAAGAAAAAGCACACAUCAGUAGUGGAGAAGAGAAAGCACUCAAAACUUGCAUAUGCACAUGCACAAAUGACUAUAGUCUUGCUUGCAGUUCAUCCAUGGACAUUCAUUUUAUUAUUUUUAUUUUUUGGCAAAUAUGCAUGGUGGUGCAAAUUUUGGAUAGGGGCAUGCAAGAUUCAUAGCAUGUAUUCAUGAAGAUUCUUCUAAGUCUACUUUAUCAAACAAAAUAUGUUAGCCAAUAAUCUCUUGAGUUGCAUUUUCAACAUGACAAGUUAAAAUAACACCAUUUUCUAUACAGACAACAGGUGGCCUGUUUUGGUGAUGACAUGUCCUGCAAUUAUUUUCUUUGAAAUGGUAAAGUUAUCUCAGUACUAUAGGAUGUUGACAUUAUGUAGCUGAUAACGCAGUUUUUUAAACUAUUUUUUUCACCUCCACAAGUAACUAUCAAUGACUUGUCAUUUAUAGCUCUUUAUUGGAAAUGUCAGUUUCAGUUAUUUGCACUGCUCAAGUGAAAUCAGACCAGAAUCUGUUAAUCACUCUUACUAUCAAAACUAAUGUAAAUGGUGGACAACAUAAUAGUUUGAAAUAAAAAUGUGCCAUAAAAUGCGAGUAGAAUGCAUUCUGUGUUUUAUUUUACACUCAAUCAUAUGUAACAAAACAAAAACCAUAAUCAUAAAAACCUAAAGCAGAAAACAUAAUUAAAAAAGGAAUGACAAGCACACCGUUAAACCAGUAACUUUAUAUGGAAAAUGACUAGGAAGUCAUUUUUUAUACAUACUAUGGAAUAAGCAUUUUGUUUCCAAAGAUACUGUAGAAACAAAAAUCUUCUCAAUAGAAAAAGUAUCUUUACGAUCUUUUCCUUUAUGUUUAUGUGUGACAGUUUCAUAGACGCAAAUAAUAUCAUGGAAGUAUGAAAUGGCAGACAUCAACAUAUUAUACAAACUUUUCUAUGACUGAAUACUGAUUAUUUCCUAACUUAUCUUCCUCUCUAUUCUCAAAACCUCAUUUUGAUUCCUUUGCAUGAAAAAAUUUGUGUUCUAAAACACUUGAUUAAUAGUAGCAACAUGAAACUCAUUAAAUAUAGUAAUAGAUUACGAACUCAGAGGAAACAUGUCAGGAAGCAUAAUGCACAUGAAACAUAUACUAAAGAUGCUUAGCAACACCUGAUCACACAGAUAAAUAUAACCCAUCAAAUUAUUCCAAGGGUGCUUAAUUUCCCUUUAAACCUUUGAAAAAAUGUACACACUCUGUGUAUGGUAUACAUCUGUUUUUCUUGUUAGUAUGAUACUAGGUCGAUAUAUCUGAAAAAAAACCCACCUGUUAAGUUACCACAAAACCCACGAAAAAUGUAUGUCAUCACUGGAGUGGAAGAGUCAUAAGUAGGCAAUUUGCACUUGUCUGUCAAAGUGACUCAGUUCAGGCUAAACACCCACAUUGGAUAUAAGACAGAAGUGGUUGACAAAUGGAAUAAUUAGAGAAAAGUACAAAUUAAAAGGUUAACAAAAUCCUGAGACAGUACUUGGAAGCAAUGUAUUAAAUGACCGGGGGUGCUUUCAGAAAACCUAAACUCAUGAUGAAGAGAAGCAAUGCUAGAAGAUAUCACAGAGACUGUUGAACAAGAAACACAAUAUACAUGUAGUGUGCCUUAACGUCAUCAUCCAUCUUUGCUGUUUACAACUAGAAAAUGCAACAGCUAGUGCGGUGCAGCCCUUGCUAUGCUGCAAGCAUGUAAGCAAACAAAUCUAAUACACCUAUGUUUAAAGCAUGGUAAUCUCUUUUUGUACUAGUUGAUCAAAUGAGUGGUUAACUUGCAAUAUUCUUCUAGUCACUGUAAGGAGAAAACAAAAUUUUCAGAAUGUUAAACUUAUUGUUUGUACUUAUGACAGUUUUUAUUAAUGUGUAUUUUAUUAUAAUGUUUUGCAUAUUACUACAUUACAUAGCACUUUAAGGUAAAAGUAUUCAACUUUUAAAAAAAAUGCAAAUACUUAAAAGCCUGAGAUGAUCAAGCCUAAAAAUGAGUUGUAUAUUAAAAGCCCCACCAGCAUUUGUAUGAUUGUAUUUGACUAGGAACAGAACUCAUCAGCAGUACAAUACUAACUUAAUGGAAAUACAAUUUCCUGCAUGCAGACAUUGCAAAACAAUUCCUGACUAAUCACAGCAAUGUAUAGCAGUUGAUAACAAAUAGUCACUUCACACUUCCUUCUUUCAAAAAUAAAAAAAUAUGUACAGAAAUGCAGCAAAUGAACAUAGCCUGGAAGCUAUGAAUAAAGCAGCAGAGGGAACUUUUGAAAACAAGUUUAAAACAUGUUCCUGCCCUUAUGUGAAUAAAUGCUCCCAUUUAGACAUGCAUGAACAACAAGGGUCAUAAACCGGUUAAAAUGAAAACCUUUUUCUUGAUGUAAACUAUUUGAUCAUACUUCUCUAAAGAAAUGACAGACCAGCAAGUUUUUUGUCACCUACUCUCCGUUGUUUGACGGUGAAGGAAAAGCUAAUCACCAUGAAAGUAAACUAAAUUAAGCACUUGGAUGCAUUGUGACAGAGUGAAAACAGGUAUAAAAGCAUAAAUCAAUACUGUUAAGAGCAAACAACCACUUAAUAGUCACAUAAUUUUGCAAUUCAACUAGUUAAAAAAAUGAAUCUGAAAAAGAAAUGAAUGAAACAGGUAAAUGAGAAACUGCACUCCUUGAUACAAUGAAAUGACAUUUUUAUCACAAACAGAUUGCCUUGAUUGCAAUCCCAUGCUAAUCCUCAGCACAUCAAUUCCUUCCUAACCACUAACAAAAUACACAAAAGUAUUUUUUGUUGUAAUUAUAAAUAUGCAUGUAAAAACCUUUUACCUUUCUAAGUUAAAAAGCAGAAAAUAAGGAAGCCAGAGAAAGAUGUAUCUUCUUUCAUUUCAUUAAAGUAAAUGCACAAUUCAAGUGAAGUGUAAGUGAUUAGCUGUUUUAUCUUUUUCUCUGGCUGUGCUCUUUAGGUUAAGUUGCUUUUCAACAGUUAUGGGUUUUACAAUCAACCAAUAAUAAAAAAAAACCUAAAAAUGACACCAACAAUUAUCAAAUACAAAUGAAAUCAGAGUUGAUACAGUGGUUGGGGAGUGUAUUUUUUUAAAUGUUUACCUAUAGCAAUGACAUAUACAUCUGCAUAUAUACCAAAAAUGUAUGAGAAAAGAAUCAAUAAAACUAUUAAAUAUUGCAUCUGGGUUUUUUGCAACAACUUCUUAAAAUUCAACUGAAUGCAUUAAAAAAAAAAAAAAA